AUGGCGGCGCCUUCAAAAGACGAACACAAGAUCAAGUUGGCAAAAUCAUUCAAAGAAAGACUUGAUAAGCUGGGAUGUCCAUUCACAGAAGGAGUAGAAGAUUCAUGGAUUUCUGAACUAAUUUUCAAGCCAGGAGAACACAGGAUCAGACUGCUACAGUGGCUUUUUUCGAAGUUUGACUCCAGAUUAAAUGAUGUUUUGGAUCCACAAUUUGCAUCCAAUGAGUCCAAGAUGGACUCUCGUAUACAGAGACUGUUGUUUGUGGCAACGACCCUUGGGCUGUGUAAAUAUGAUGAUGUUGACCUUAUAAGGGGUGUUAACACUAAACCUACCAGACAGGCAGCCUUCAUGGAUCAAUUGCUGGAUAAUAUUUGUAUCAUGGAUGCUGCUGAAGAUCCAAAGAAUAAAUCACUGUGUAACCCGGGUGUUAUCAGUGAUGCCACCAACCUGGACGAACAGUUUAGAAAGGAUUGUCUGUACAUAGACUCACUUGUCCAACAGGAGAGAAUGGAUGCCUUAUUUAACCGGAGGUCAACACUCCUACCUCCAGAUCUUCAGCAACAGGUGGAAAUCAGCUGGGCACAACAAGGUCACACCAAAGACAAACCACCAAAGCCAGAUUUACAGAAACUAACAGAUGCGGCAUAUAAGCUUGCUCAAGAUUUAGGAAGACAGACGGAAAUAUUGAAAGAAUUGACGAAAACAUUUGAAUAUCAAGUUCCUGAUGAGUCCCGGAUGGAGAAAAUCAGUAAAACCAUGCAGUUAGUUUUGUCAGAGUUGUCACAGCUAGAAGUUGGCUUUUCCUACUGUUACGAAAAUGAGAUGUGUCAUUGGUGCAAUAAAACACCGCCAACUCUGAACCAGCUUGGUCCAGCCUUCAAACGAGUUCACACACUUCUCCAACAGUUUGUAAAUAUCCUUGAGGGAUUCAAGUCCAUCAGAUCAUCUUAUACAAAUUUGAGUCGAGAUUCGUCAAAGCGGUUAAGAAGCCUCGUUUCAAGUGCAACACAUAAGAAAGCAACAGAUUUAGCAUCGGUUAGACAGGCUUCGUUGUCUAGCUUCCAGGACUGUGGUAGCGUCCUGGAGAGAUCGUUACAGCGCCACGACAUGGAAGCCAGCAUGUCAAGUUCCAUGAGGUCCUCAUCCUCCAUUCUCCAUGGGGAAAGGAAAAACAAACAUUAGUAUUCAUCAUCCAGGUCUUUAUGGCAGUGAAUUUGAAUGGGAAAAUGUUUCGCGCUACCCUGAUUGUCAGUAUUUAUGAAUUGUUAAAUUUAUUGUUUUAUUGAAUAGAAGACAAUAUUUUGAAAUAAAUGUAUCUUAAAAACACA